AUGCCAACACAACCUGCAACAUUUGUUUGUCGUUUUUGUUAUUCAACUAAUCAUGCUUUAUAUCCAGUUCGUCUUUAUUACAUAAGUUUAAAUGAAGGCUUGAUUAUGUGUGCAAAUCAAAAUUGUUCAGGCAUUGUUAAUGGUCAUGUUGAUCUUUUAAAAAUGAUUCUACCUACAACAUCGUCAACAUCACAAUUGACUUAUGAACAAUAUCAACAGUCACCAUAUUACAGUCCAGAAUGUGACUUUCUAGUAACUGAUAUUCUUCCAGAAAUAUAA